UGCACGCACUGUGAACUGCCACCAUUGCCCACUUCUCUUCCAACCUGGUUUUGCCCAUGGAAGUAAACCUUGCCUACCUAACACAGUCUCACCUCCCAGGCGACUAGGGAUCUCCUUAAAUCAAGACACUGAGACUCUACAGCAAGCUGUAUAAGUGAUGAGAUUCAAAGGUAACAACAGCACUUAGCUCUUACAUCAAGCUUUUCAGCCCUACGUUCCUGUAGUGAGGCUGAGUGGCCUCCCUCUGAGCCGGAGAGCGAGGCACUAUUACACGCCCCUUGGAGGGCAGGGCCUAGAUCACCCCGCCCCCCUUCCCGGAAGGACCAGGGUGGGGCCAGAAGUAUAAAAGGCCGGCCCUACAGUUCAGUUGGGGGAGAGCCUGCUCCGGAGGAGGACGCUCGGCCUGUUGUCCAGAGGCCCCGAGAGGAACAGGCGCGUGGCUGUUCCCGAUCCCCAGACGUGGUCAACAAUUGGCCCGGAGUACCUGCUGCGGUUUACCCUGAAGAGCCGGAAGAGGCCUGGAGGCCGCAGAUUGGCUUUCUGCAGUGCUGGUCCAUCUCCAUUUCCUGGUUGAAAGGAAGAGUUGGUGUCACUCCUCUGAUCACACCACCAGCAGGACAGAGCAGACAGUAUCCCUGUUGCUCGGCUGGGACACCCUGCACAAGUUUCCCCUGCUCCGUUGGGCCAUGGAGAGUAAAGCAGCUGUGGAGGCUGAGCCCCAUGGGGGCAUGGUGCUGCUCGAAAAGGAGAAGCCAAAAAUGGAGCCAAGAGACCAGUGGAAUAAUAAAAUGGAGUUUAUGCUCUCCAUGGCUGGGAAGAUCAUCGGCCUGGGCAAUGUCUGGAGAUUCCCUUAUCUCUGUUACAAAAAUGGAGGUGGUGCCUUCUUUAUCCCCUACCUCAUCUUUGUCUUCACCUGUGGGAUCCCAAUGUUCUUCCUGGAGACAGCACUAGGACAGUACACCAGCCAGGGAGUGGUCACUGCCUGGAGGAAGAUCUGCCCUCUCUUUGAAGGAAUUGGAUACGCCUCACAAGUCAUCGAAUCCUAUCGGAAUAUCUAC